AUGAGAGUAGAAAUAAGGUCUCCCGUCGGACCUGCGGCGAAUAUGACGAAUUCAGACUCGAGUCCAUCUCAGCUCCACCUCAUCCGAACAUCUGUGGUCUCGUCGUCGCCAUUAUGCGCCCAAUGCACAACUAUCCGGAACACAAGCCGUGACCCGCUAAGGCUUGCGGCGACAGCUCGACGGAUAUUCGCAUGCCUCGAGCCAUCGUGUGGGAAACGGCCCCUGCCAGGACAAGGGUGGCCAUAG